AUGAGACGGUCGAAUACGCAACCAUACUCAAAAUAUGAUGUUGCAUCAUUAGAUAAAAGCUUAAAUUCAAUGUGUAUUAUGUUAGAAACGCAAGAUGUCCAUGAGUCUAAAAGUGUUGAUUUAACAAUUGGUUUUCUAUUGAAACCAUUAUUAACUGUAAUGAAAUUAACAGGUUUAUACUAUGAACAUUCAUCAAAAUCAGAUAAACGAAAACAGAAUCAAUUACAAUUUGUCUAUUGUCUAUUUAUUUGCUUUUUAUUAUGGUGCAAUACAUUAAAAUUUAUAUCCGUAUUUCUCUUAACUAAUUUUAAAGAUAGAACCGCACUACAUUUACCAUCGUUCAUGCUAACAGUUGUUGCGCAAUUAUGGUUACUACUUUGUUCUUGUACACAAACGACUUUCAUUAUUAGUUCAUAUCAAAGGAAUAAAUUUUAUACAAUUAUGUUUGAUUAUACUUUUUGUAAAUAUAUUGAAUGUCAAUCGAGCAUAUCAAAACGCUUUAAAUUUGGAAUAUAUUCGGCGACUAUACUAUGUUUGAUUACUAUCAUAUCUAAUACAUUAGGAUUGUUUAUUGCCUAUUUUGGUCCAUCUGAAUAUAUGAAAGUAUUUCAAAUGUUCUUAGCACCCUUUCAUCAAAAAUCGACGAUCACACACAAUAUACCUUAUAAAUUAUUUAUUUGUAUAUUACAACUUUAUGAAUCAGCAGCGUGGACUUUACCGCCAACUUUAUUUUCUAUUCUAUGUCUAAUUGGAUACAGUGAAUUUGAAAACUUCAAUGAAUAUAUUAAACAAGAAGUUCAACAGGCAAAUGCACAACAACGGGUUGAAUAUUGGCGUCAGUCUCAUAAUAGAUUAAUAAAACUUGUUCAUACGUUGGAUUCAACGUUUCAAAUCUACGUUAGUGUCGCUCUAAGUAUCAAUAUUGUUGUGGCAUUUCUCAUGUUGUAUAUAAUAGCAAUGAUGUAG